AUGCAGUUUUGUCGUCAAAGGUUAGUUCUUUAUCCUGCUUGCUUUGCACGUUCAAGUCCUUGCUUGCCAGUUGAAGCCUCCGAAGAUGCCGUCCGUCCUCGCUGCGACGCCAGCCUGAAGGUGGAACGAAAUUACCAAAGACAAAUCCACGCGCCGCCUCGAACUGUGAACCACCUCACAACAUCACUACCACAACAGCUACCACAGCCAAAAUCAAAGGUCACAGAUGCAAAAAACAGAAAACAAAAUUCAAACUUGGGCUUGGCACUUGGCAGUAGCAGUGGCAACAAAGAGGUUCAUCCAAGGGUGGAAAACUUCGAGAAGUAA